AACAUGUUUACAAGAUCGACCUAUGUGUUUUUAUAGUAUUCUAUGUCUAUGUAGUGAUUGUUUCUUUGGUGAUCGAUGUCAGUUUUAUGCUAAAGGUAUUGGAUUAACAUUAGAUGAUUUAUUACGUUACGAAAUUCGACCUAACAGUACAUUAAAUGAUCAAUCAUUGGUAGUUAAAUUAAGCGCAACAUUUGUCAUGAUUAUUUUUCUCAUUGGUUUAAUCAAUGGUUUUCUUAGUUAUUUAGUUUUCCUUAAUCGUGAUUCUCGUAAAGUAGGAUCUGGAAUUUAUCUUCGAUUAUCAUCAAUUAUUUCUAUUCUAAUUGUUACUAUAUUAAUUAUCAAAUUCUGGUUUGUAAUAUACACGUAUAUGAAUCCAUUGAUUAAUCGUAAUAUUCUUCGAGUUGGAUGUUUAGUAUCUGAACCUUUACUUCGUCUUUUCUUAAAUAUGAGUAAUUGGCUUAAUACUUGUGUGGCUAUAGAAAGAGCAAUAUCAGUCCUUCAAGGAAUUAAUUUUAACAAGAAAAGAAGUACAUGUAUUGCACGAUGGGUAUGUUGCCUUUUACCAUUUAUAAUUUUGGGUUCGAUGAGUUAUGAACUCAUCUAUCGUGAUUUAUUUGAUGAUCAUGAAGAACAACGUGUUUGGUGUGUACUUCGUUACUCUCAAUCAGUUGAAAGAUAUACUACAAUUAUUCAAUAUUUUCAUUUUGUAGUUCCUUUUGUUAUAAAUUUAUUCUCAGCUGUUUAUAUCAUCAUAAACAUUGCACGUCAACGAACGACCACUCGAACUAAAUUUAAUUAUAGACAACAACUACUUAAUCAAAUCAACGAGCACAAACAACUUAUUAUUAGUUCUAUUGUAUUAGCUGUUUUACUAUUUCCUCGUUUUCUUAUUUCAUUAUUAUCAACAUGUGUUAAAGCAUCACGAAAUCCUUGGUUAUAUCUUUGUGGUUAUUUUAUUUCAUUCAUUCCAUCAUCUUUCCUCUUUGUAAUAUUCGUUCUACCAUCAAAUUUCUACAAAAAACAAUUUAAACAAUCGAUUACCACUUGGCGACAGCGAUUUAUGAGGAUGAUGAGACAAUGA